GAAUUGAUAGACCUAUUACACCCUUGAUUUUGAUCUGUUUUUCUUUCUUUGGCAUACUUCCUUUGUGAAUUUGCAAGAAGACUUUGAGUUGAUCCACCCCCACUUCACUGUUUUUCUUCUAGGUUCUCUGGUCAGUCAUACCCAGUAUGAAAGUAUGUACAUCUUAAUGCUUGUCUAGUGUCCUGAAAUACUUCAACACCAUUAAUGUGUGAUGCAUUGAUAAAAUGUAAGUGAAGGAAAGGUUAAUAGAGCCAAUCACAGCUUAUGCUGUAAUGGUAAAUAUUAACUUAUUUGUAGUUAUAAAAUAUAGUUCAGGUCAAGUUCCAUUAGAAGGCAGCAAGCACGAGUUAGAAAAAUUCUGCGAAGAUUGGAUAAGGACACAAAUACAAGGUAUUUCCAAAAUGAAGAAAUUUCUGCUGGUUGAUGUUGACCCUGGUGUUGAUGAUGCUGUAGCGCUAAUGAUAGCUCUAGAAUCUCCAAAUGUUGAAGUCCUCGGAAUAACUUGCUGUUACGGAAACAGUCAGCUGCAAAAUACAUCUAGAAAUGCACUACGUGUGUUACAUGUUUGUAAUAAACUUGAGAUUCCAGUUUAUUCUGGAGCUUCCGCUUCCAUACUUGGUGAGCCAUUGGUGGAUACAUUCUAUUAUGGCAAAGAUGGUUUCGGUGAUAUUCCAGAUCUUCAUGCUCCAAGUUUAGACUUUUUGCAGAAAGAACAUGCUGUACAUGCAAUACUAAGAAUAGUCAACGAGCGACCAGGUCAGGUUUCUCUGGUUGCUGUUGGACCCUUGACAAAUUUAGCACUAGCAGUGAAAAUGGACCCAGCCCUUUCUAAAAAACUUAAAAAUGUGUUCAUCAUGGGAGGAAAUAUUGAAGGAAAAGGAAAUGAUACAGUCAGUGCAGAAUUCAAUUUUGCAUCUGAUCCGGAAGCUGCUUACAUUGUCUUAAAUGAGUACAACUGCCCAGUUUAUAUUGCAUCAUGGGAGUUCAUAAACUCCUUUCCGUUACCCUGGAAUUUCUAUCAUCAAUGGAUUAAUCAAAAUACCGAGAAAGCCAAUUUUUUGAAGAAAAUCCAUGCUCAUUCUAUAACAAAGGGAGAACAUAAACCAGGCUUUGUUUCUUGUGAUUCUUACGCUGUGGCUGCUGCAAUUGACGAUAACUUUGUCACAGAAGUCACCUCAGUUGGUGUUACUGUUGAGCUCAGAGGCUCACUGACCAGAGGGAUGAUGGUCGUGGACUGGACUGACAAACUGAAAAAGAAACACCAAGUUUUUAUCAUGAGAAAAUGUGAUCUCAGGAAGUUGGAGGCACUUUUCAUGGCUGCUGUGAAAUAGAAAUGGGACUCUUUUAAGUGGAGAUCCAUUCAAACUUAGACAUCUGCUGGGAUGGGAUGCAUGGUCUUUGGCUAUAGUUGCAACAGAUGCAACCGUAUUUCAUGCAAGAGAAACAGUGUUAACUUUAAAAAGGUUGCCACAGCCAUAAUUCCAUUAAUACUAAUCCUCUCUUAAUUAAAGUCUGUUAGCAUCUCUGAAAAAAAUCUAGUUUGAACCUAAACCUUACAGAGAGAAUCUCUCUUAUGCGGUAAAGCACCUUGGUAGGUUAAUUCACAGAAUAAAUUAAAUCACGUUAUCUAAUAGAUUUGAGUAAUUUCUUAGCUAUCAAUGUUAAUUUCAUUAUAUAAAGUAGGCACCAGAGAAAUUCUCAUGGGGCACUCAAGGAAUAUUGAAAUCCGCUAUGCAUCUACUGGGUUCAAUCCAGAGAAACAGUAAGCACACUUCUGCUUUUUUCCUAUAGUGGACUACAAUUUCCAUUAGACAUAGCAGUUAAUUACCAUAAACUGAUUUAAUAUGUUAAAUAAAAUAAUCACAAUUAGCUUAAGUUAAGACCAAACUGAAUUUGUUGGUCACUUCCAAAACUUAAAAAGGGACAGAGCUUAUCACUUUAGCAAAAGAAAGGUGGCAUUAGAAUAAUUUUUCAACAACAGUAAUUAUUUUAUUAAGUUUGCCAAAUAAUGUUUUUCUUCAAUCAAAAGUUACAGAAUUAUAGUGCUGAAAUGUUCUCUUUAUGUUAACUUUUAAAAAUAUAAAUAAAAUAUUAUUUGUUAAGAUACAAAAUCCA